GCGGACAAGACGGUGUAGCCGGUGAAGGAGCUGUACGCUGAUCAUGCAUAGGCUAAAGAAAAGUACAUGGAUAAGUAAAACAAAUUUAGUAUAGCACAUGUAACGGAGCCUCCGGAAUUUCAAAUGUGUUGCGGCCGUGUAUGAACCCAGCGCUUCAUCUAGUUCACAGCAUUGACGGUGCGGGUCGGCGAUAGCUAGCUGUCAGUAUCAAUUAGAAGUGUAUUUAUUUUUAUUUUAUGUAUAACAGGAGAGUAGGGAUUCCAUUUUAGUCAUUAGAAACACAUACAAGCAUGUUCUGAAGGUCGUGUUUCAAUGGGAGUACGACCAGAUAGAAAUAUAUGUGACUAGAAUGAAAUAGGCUGCUAGGCUAUGUAUUAACAUCUCCUCAGUCAGUAACGUGAACUAAUGAAUGAACGAGCUUGUAAUUGUUUUUUGGUCGUGGAACGUGCGCACAAAGCAAACUGGACCGCUGUCAGAACAGGGACAAAUACAUGUGCGAACGAAUAAAGUCCGAAUAUAGCGGAAGACGAGCACGUUGUCUGGACUCAGCCCCCUAAUACGAGAUUGAAAAUGGUGCAGAAAUACCAGUCUCCAGUGAGAGUCUACAAGUACCCGUUUGAGAUGGUGAUGGCGGCUUAUGAGAAGCGCUUCCCCACCUGCCCGCAGAUCCCCGUCUUCCUGGGCAGUGAGGUGCUCAGCGAUGUCACCAGCGAUGACGGCUCUGUGCACAUCAUUGAGCGUAGCUGCAAGCUCAACGUGGAUGCACCGCGCCUCCUCAAAAAGAUCGCAGGAGUGGAGUACGUCUACUUCAUCCAGAAGAACACCCUCAACUGGAAGGACCGGACGCUGCUAAUCGAAGCCCACAAUGAGACUUUCGCCAGCAGGGUGACGGUCCUUGAGACAUGCAGCUAUAGUGUUCAUCCAGAGAAUGAAGAUUGGACGUGUUUUGAGCAGUCUGCCUCUUUGGAUAUCAAAUCCUUCUUUGGAUUUGAAAACACUGUGGAGAAGAUUGCAAUGAAACAGUACACUGCCAACAUCAAGCGGGGCAAGGAGGUGAUUGAGUAUUACCUGAACGAGCUGAUAGCAGAGGGGAUCACGGAAAUCCCGCGCUGGGUCCCGCCGGAGAAGCGAGCCCUGGUAAAGCCUGUGGCCCCGCCCUGCGCUGCGCCCCUUUGCACCCCGGCACCCGACUCCAGGCUGGACCUGGACUCCCUCGCGCACAGCAGCACCAAAGACUCCAGCUGCAGCCUGAGCGCCGCCGCGGAGCCCACCACGCCGGAUGCAGACAAGUUAGAUGCUGAUUACAUUGAGCGCUACCUUGGGCAAUUGACACCAAUGCAGGAGAGCUGCCUGAUUCAGCUGAGGCAAUGGCUGCAGGAGACUCACAAAGGAAAGAUCCCCAAGGAUGAGCACAUCCUGCGCUUCUUGCGUGCCCGCGACUUCAACAUGGACAAGGCGCGCGAGAUGCUCUGCCAGUCGCUCACCUGGAGGAAGCAGUACCAGGUGGAUUACAUCCUGGAGACCUGGAGACCCCCUGCCUUCCUGGAGGAGUACUACGCCGGCGGGUGGCACUUCCACGACAGCAACGGGCGGCCGCUCUACAUCCUGCGCCUGGGUCAGAUGGACACCAAGGGUCUGGUGAAGGCUCUAGGAGAGGAGGCCCUGCUUAGACACGUUCUAUCCAUCAAUGAAGAGGGGCAAAAAAGAUGUGAAGAGAACACCAAGAUAUUUGGAAGACCCAUCACAUCUUGGACUUGCCUGGUGGACUUGGAGGGCUUGAACAUGAGGCACCUGUGGAGGCCAGGUGUGAAGGCCCUCCUGCGGAUCAUCGAGGUGGUGGAGGCCAAUUACCCCGAGACUCUGGGCAGGCUUCUGAUUGUGCGUGCUCCACGAGUCUUCCCUGUACUCUGGACUCUGGUCAGUCCCUUUAUAAAUGACAACACACGGCAGAAAUUCCUUGUCUACAGUGGUAACAAUUAUCAGGGAGUGGGAGGACUCGUAGAUUACAUCGACAAAGAGAUUAUCCCUGACUUUCUCGGGGGAGAUUGUCUGUGCAACGUCCCAGAGGGUGGCCUAGUUCCAAAAUCCCUCUAUCAAACCGAGGAAGAGCUGGAGAAUUCAGAUCACAUCAAGCUGUGGACAGAAACCAUUUAUCAGUCAGCUCACGUCUUCAAAGGAGCGCCCCAUGAGAUCGUCAUCGAGAUCCUGGAGGGCUCCUCUGUCAUCACCUGGGACUUUGACAUCCUGAAAGGGGACCUGGUGUUCAACAUGUUUCACUCCAAACGGUCCCCACAGGCUGCCAAGAAAGAUCCGUCAACCUCCACACCUGGCGUUAACAAUGUGCAGCUGAUUGAGAAGAGCUGGGUGCUGGGAGUGGACUACAGCAUGGUGGAGUCCCCCCUCAUGUGUCGAGAGGGAGAGAGCAUCCAGGGCUCUCACAUCACCCGCUGGCCCGGCCUCUACAUCCUACAGUGGAAGGUGAGCGGCCACGCCUCCGGCUCGGGCACCGCCCUGCCCCGUGUGGAUGACGUGCUGGCCUCCCUGCAGGUCUCCUCCCACAAGUGCAAAGUCAUGUACUACACCGAGGUGCUGGCCUCCGAGGACUUCAGGGGUUCAAUGACCAGUCUGGAGUCCUGUCACAGCGGCUUCUCCCAACUAAGUGCUGGAACCACCUCCUCCAGCCAAUCACAGAGCAGCUCCCUCAUCUCCAGAUAGUCCUUCAGGACUGGGGUCAGAGGGGCAGCUCCAACAUGAGCUACACACACACACACACACACACACACAGAAACCCAUCCAAAACAAUAUUCAUACACAUGUAGGUAUAUAUGCAGAUGUACUCCACACAAAUAUCCACACAAGAAGGGCUAGAAAUACUUGAGGAUACAACAGUUUGUCACUUUAUGGAACAGUCCAGGUAUUGUAAGUUGCAUUUGAGCUACAAUUUUUUUAAGUGAGUAUAAUGUAGAAAAUUAAUGUACACAUAUCUGACCUCAAAGGGGAUUAGAGAAGUACCUACAAGAUGUAUUGAUUAUAAUGAGAUUCAUAAUCUAUUGCAGUAGAUAUUUUUCUAUGAUCUUAUAAGAAAUAGAGCCACUGCAGGUGUGUCAUGCUGUUGACAUUCUCCAACCACCUAUACUAAUCAACCCUUGUUUCAUAUAUCCAUCAUCUGGCAAUACAAUAGAGUAGUUAAAGGUGAUGUGCAUGGAUAACCAGUAUGUAAGCCUUCUGUAGUUGCUGCUGAUAUCUCCCAUUUCCAUGUUUCAUUUGUUUUAAAACGAAACAAAACCGUCCAGCUCACUUUAAAAGCACAGGCGAUGUGUUCUGGCAUGUUUUCAGUGCAGUUCUGUUCUUAAUAGCAUGUACCAGAGAAACUGCAGGAGCCCUGUGGGACUCACUGAAAACUGCAUAUCACUGCACUGAACUGUGCGAUCUUAACUAGCACAGGGCUAUACUCUGUAAAUAGAUUUCACAUUUUUGUGUAAUUUAAAGCCAUACUCGUUUUAUGCUGUAGUGUUCAGGAGAAUAGAAUGUAACUGAAAGAGAAAAAACUUCAAGACAAAGGACCUUUCAAUUACAAAAGGGCUUUUUUAUAGCAAUAUUGAUGAAGCACAGUAGAUGUCGAUGACUUCUGAGCCAAGAGGCUUUUAUUAUUUCUUGCCUUAAAACUCCAUUUUGAUUUGAAGUGAAACAGCCAUUAAUUGGAGUAAGUGACUUACGUAAAGAGGGGAUCUGAUUUUAACAUGAGUUAUACUGAUAAAACUUUAAAAAACAAACCAUAAAACAAAAAAGCACAUUUGAAAAGAAAUGUUUUGCUGAAUUUUUAAGGCUCUUUUUAAAAUUAUUACUCAUUUUUUUUAACUGGAAGAAAGUUCAGCAUGAAUACAGGGAGUUUUCUUAUGUUCAGAUGAAGAUUGUAAUAGUGAUGAUUAUAGUUGACAGGGCAACUGGAUGAUGUGACAGUAUGUGGUUAUUUGUUUUUUGUUUUUUUUUUUUUUAAUAUAAGGUCUUGGAAGAACUGAAGAAUUUUUUACAUAAUUUACAACUUAAUAGAGCAGAGCUUCAAAGCCAUUAAUAGCGUGUCCACUGUUUCUACAGUAGCUAAUACUGCAUUCAAUACUGACAUGAAAAUGACAAAGUAAUUUUAUGAAAGGAAGAUGA